UAUACAUAUACAUUUUUCAUGGAAGGUAAUGUGCGUUCAGAAUACCACAUCUAUUUGUCACAUACAUGUGGCAGGCACAGUUUGGGUUAACAAAGUCUCUAAAAAUUAAAAUUUGUCAGGAAUGUUUAGGACUUAAUCAUGCCCCAGGCAAACCUUGAACCACGAUACUUUGUAAUCUGUAUUUGUAAUUAUUUGUAACACAUGCAUCUUUAUUUAUAUGUUGACAUUUCUCCUCAGACUCGAUACCAUCCACGAUUGCAAAGAGCCUGAAAACCGAAGAGACGACUGAACCUGCAAAGGAUGACUCACCAAGUGCAAGUGGUCAAGCAUCGAGUCAAACACAUGGAAUUGAUGACAUCAUCACCAAAGUAGCAGACAGUAUAUCAGAUGAUGGUGAUUUAAGGAGACUUGGUCUUGAGCUAGGAGUCCAGAUUCCUGUUAUCAACCGUGCAUUAGAGACCAAUUGGGCUGGAGGUACAAAGACCAGUAUUGGUAAUGUGAAGAUGCUCCAGAACUGGGCAGAGACAGUUGAAUCAUCCAAGCUAAUCCAAACUCUUAGAACAGCUCUCAAAAGGGCGAGGUUAUUAGAGGUGGAGGAGACAUGUUUCACAAGCAGCUCCAGAGGAACAGACGUGGCAAGUGAGACGAUUCACCCUUCAAAAGGGGGCACCAUCCAACUACCGCACUAUGGAAUCGACCUCUGCAUACCCGCCUUGGCGCUGCAAAAGGAGUGUGAGAUUACACUAAAGGUUCUGCCACAGCCGUCAAGUGUCCUUUUCGCCGAGAAUGAAGCUAUUGUCUCCCCCGGUGUAGUGUGUGAACCUUCAGGAAUCACGUUUGAGAAGCCUUUAAAGUUGGUCAUCCCUCACUGUGCAUUGUUAACAGACCCCUCCAAGGCCAAAGUCACCAUGCACUUCACUCAUGGCAAUGCUAAAGUCACAAAGAAAGAACUGUCAUCAACAGGAUCCCCUAGGUGCAUAGUAAGAGCAAAUGACCUUGAAGUCUACAUCACCCAUUUCUCAAUUUAUGAAAUGUUCAUGGCUAUUUCCGACUACCUCAUUGGGAAACGUGUCGCUUCUACGCCGUACCUUCCAAAAUUGAUGAGUCGCCUCCAACCGCAAUACUGCCAUCUACGUCUGUUUAAUGAUACUCCUGGUCUUGCAGAUCUCAUAGAAAAAGAGGAAGAAAAGCUUGAUUAUCGCAAGAUGGCUCCAACAAAGAAAAUGUUUGUGCACUGGGACAAAGGUGAACUGAAGAUCAUAUGCGAGGUCAAGGGAGGUUAUGUCCCCGAGAACGAAAGGAUGAAGACCGUAUCGCUAGAUGAUAUCUAUAUUUUGGAUCAAAACCUUUUCAGUUUCUCAGUGAGAGCAACCGGUGAUGCCGAUGUAGAUUUUAAGUUCAAUUUCUAUCCCCAUUGUGACGAAGGACAAGCAUUCAUUGCGAAAUUCUCUGGUAUGUACCUGGGUCUCGUUGCAUAA